GGCCGCUGUCACCUCCAGCAUCCCUGUAGAGAAGCAAGCAUUUCCUGUGCAUCCUUCUCCAACCUGUGUCAGGACCAACGAUGUUCCAACUUGGGAGCCUUGUUGUCUUCUGCGGCCUGCUCAUCGGGACCUCAGAAUCUCUUCUGGGUAAUGUUGUCAGUGCUGUGGAUAAUUUGAACGUUCCAAAUUCUGUGUCUGGAGAUGUCCUUCAGAACCUGAAUCUAGAUGUGGGGUCACUUCAGGAAACCAAGGAUUGGUCAUUAGCCAGUAACAACAUUCUAGGAGCUUUGAACACACUGGACCUUGGCAAAUUAAACCUCCUUUCAUCUCAGAAUGGUUUAGGAUUGCGAAUCAACAAACUCAGCCUCCUGAACCUGCAAGCUGGCCUGUCUUCCUCCGGCAAAGGCAUCGACCUGAAGCUGCCCGUGCUUGUGGAUGCCUCUGUGUCUCUGCCUAUCAUUGGCUCCGCGGUCGAUGUUGCUAUUUCCUUGGACCUUAUAACUUCACUUACUGUUGAAACCAAUGCCCAGACUGGUCUUCCCACGCUGUCCAUUGGAAAAUGCUCAAGUAAUUCAGACAAUAUCUCCAUUUCCUUGUUGGGCAGACGAAGCACCUUGGUCAACAGAAUUCUGGAUAGUGUAUCUGGUCUCCUUACAAAUACUGUAACAAGCCUGCUGCAAAACCAAAUAUGUCCUCUGCUCCAGUUCCUCCUCAGCAACCUGAACGUCAAUCUUACUCAAGACCUCCUUUCUAAUUUACUGACAGGACAGUUACCAGUCUCCAUCUGAAGAGGAGGGAGCAGAAGGAGAAAUGCUGUGACACCCGGAUGGUUAGUCCCCAGUGGCUUCAUCUGACUUCCGGUGGCAUUUCUCUCUAGAAAGUGCUACCACCAUCCAUACAAGGUCUGCGUGAGCCCACCUGAAGGCCCCUUCCUGACUCCCUUUUUCUCUCAGUGGUCUCCACCCUUGCUAUCACCACCCU